CAUUUAUUCCAGAAGAUCAAAAUAGCGUUUUCUUCAAUGAGACGAAAGCGAGAUUAGUCCACAUUGAAAUAUAUACGAAUUCGACAAUCGAAAAUCGAUUGGCAAAAGUGGCCAUCCUGUUUGUGGCUUCCGCCAACUGAUUAACUUUCGCUGUAUCUAGUACUAGCUAGUAGCUCCUACUGACCAAGAAUGCAUGCACCUCAAAAGCGAGAGUCAAGACCGGUCAAGACCCAUGGACUAGCCUCUUCAUCUGAAAUCAACCAUGUCGGCGGAUGAGGUCAUCUUCCAACCGUGCCCGUUCUGUCCCACCUUUUGGCCGGAUUUGUCUCAGCAUGUGGCACUACACCCCGAACUGCAUUUCCAAUGUUUCCGUUGUAUCCGCUCCAAUAUCCGGGGCACCUCGCCCUUAUUCAUGUCUUAUUACGAGCUGGGGGACCAUUUGCGGUUGGAACACAAUGUCUUCUCUCACCAGAUGCAUCGGGACACGAUCCCACCUUUGGAUGGACGCCAAAUCGUUUGUCUGCGUUGUCCCACUCGAUUCUUUGCUCGAAGUUUGGAGGCCAUUAUUCAUCAUUACGAUAGAUGUCAUCCUGAAGAAGGGCUGAAAUUUGAGCUUGAGGACAUUAGCACUCGAUCUUACGAGGGUGAGUUUGAAAUGAAAUGUCGAUUUUGUGACUUCGUGACGAACCACUUUCCCAAAUGGUUGGCUCACUUCCCCAUGACUUAUGAGAGAUGCGUCAAUCUCUCCCAACGAUUACUGGACCAGACCCAACCCUAUUUCAUUGACGCCUCAGAAUGCAAAGCGCCCAAAGAAUACAAGCCCUCCCCACCAAGUCCAGAGCACAAAAGUGGAAAAAAGCUAAUAUUUUCCGAAGAUACCAAGAUUGAUGACAAGGACACCUUCCGGCCUAAUAUUAAAGUGACCCUCAUCGACAAAGAGCCCGAAACUAGAGUGAAGGAAGGAAAUGCUCCGGACUAUUGCUUGGCUUGUGAUCUAAUCAUUCCGAAUUGUGAAGACAUGGAUAAGCAUUUGCGAUCUCUUGAGCACCAGACUCAAUCUGUCACGAUCAACUUGCUUUAUUGCAAUAUCUGUUUCAUCGCCUUUCCUGGCUGCAAUCGUGAUCAAUUUGAUCUUCAUUUGCACUCCAAAGAACACCAUGCCAACUUGGACCAUAUGGUGAACACAAGCAAUCAUUUUCCAUUUCCCAGCGGAUCCCAAUCGCCUAAAAAGAGAUCCAGGUCUCCAAGCCCAUCUUCGUACCCGACCGGAUCUUUAAGCUAUAAGAAGAUUAAAAUAGCUCCGGAAUUCAAUCUCGCUUGGCACCGCAAGUACUUGUGCCGAAUUUGCGAAAGGGCUUGUCCGACCGCAUUUUCCUUACAGCAACAUUUCCUUGGACGAAGUCAUCACUCUGCUAUGGAAAAGACCAAAUCAAAAAGAUUCUAUAUGAUAUGCUCGAUCUGUUUCCCGCUCAAAUUGACGGUGAACAUUAGCGAAUUUUUCGAGCACGUACAAAGCAAACGGCACUUGGAUCGUUUAGACUUCUUGAAUAGCAUGGAACAGAGCGCAAACGUGAAACGGCCAACUGUCUCCUAUAAUGUGCCAAAGUCUUUGUCCCAUUAUCUACCUCCCUCUAACGAAAUUCCUACUCCCAGAUUUACUUGCUUUUUCUGUGACAAGCUCAAAGACGAAUCUCGCGAUGCUUCAAAUCACCUUGUGCUAUCUCAUCCUAAAGAACUGUUUCAAUGCAAGACAUGUUCCCUCUGCUGCUCGUCCCUGAAAGCCAUGCAAAUUCAUUUCAAGAGCGGCCAUGUCAAAACCAAAUUUGGACGCGAUGACAUUAUCUCGAUACCGCGACAUUUCUACUACACCCUCUGUCGGGAAUGUGAGCCUCCCAGAAAAUUUGGAGGUGCGAAUAGGAGAAUGGUCGAGGAUCACUUAAAGCAUGAGCAUCAUCAUCGGAAGCCAAAUGCGCAUCGUUUAUGGGUGCGAUGUCGUCUUUGUUGCAAGGAUUUCAAGAGCGUCUUCGUCUUCGAUGACCAUCCGUGCAUGAAAGCAUUUGUAGGCAAGAGUCGAAUCUCCUUGGUAGUUCUGGAGGCGGUUAUUCGAAACGCUUGAAUGCCGCCGGUAUGUAGAACCCAUUUCACUGAGUAUUGUAUUGAUCGGAUGUUUUUAAUAAUGAAGGAACUGGAAGUGCG